AUGCGUUCCAGCGACACAAUGGCCUCCUCUGCAAGGGAAACAAGAGCACUUUUCGGCGGCGCCAUCUCGGUCGACUUGCCCUCGGGCUUCAUCGAUGCAAGCGACUUUCGACAAGUUCCAGAUAAUCAAGAGGUGCUCGUACGAGACGACUCCGAUGUCAGUCUUAUCGUGGAAGUACUGCAGCUCUCAACAGACGAAGGAGCAGACGAGAAUCUAGACAAAGCUGUCAGAUUCCACUUCUCUUCGCUUGCACACGACAACUCAGCGAGCAGCUCGACAGUGCUCGAGACACAGACGCCGUCGCAGGAGAUUCCACCCCCGGCUACACCGCCACCAGCGCUGCUUACGGGCAUUCAGCUGGUGAGAAAGUUCGGGAAAGCUUCUGAGCCGGAAGAACCAGUCAAAAUCCGCGUCGCUCUGUGGAGGUUGCCUUCCAAGCAGAUUGAUCUCGUGCUAAGCGUCAACGAGCCGGGCCCGGGGAUUCAACGAGACGCGCCGCAGUCUUCGCAAGCACAAGCCGCGUUCGAGUUGGCGGCUGCAUCUCUGCAGAUCCGUGAUUGGAGUCUGUUUGCCUAG